AUGGGAAAGUCUUCCAAAGAUAAGCGCGAUGCAUACUAUCGUCUAGCAAAAGAACAAAAUUGGCGCGCCCGUUCCGCCUUCAAAUUGAUCCAAAUCGAUGAACAAUUCGAUCUCUUCGAGCACGAGAACCCAGACAAUGUCACGCGAGUCGUGGAUCUUUGCGCAGCACCGGGAAGCUGGAGUCAGGUGCUCAGCCGAGUCCUGAUUAAGGGCGAGAGCUUUGGACGGAGGGCGUGGCUUGAAAAGAAACGCCGUGAAAUACAAGCACUUGAGGAAGACGCUGAUGCGACGAAAAAAAACGAUAAUGACGAUGAGCCUCGAUUCGGAGAGAGCAACCCAAACGCAGAACUCCAACCACGCAAGAACGUCAAAAUUGUCUCCAUCGACUUGCAACCUAUGGCACCGCUCGAAGGCAUCACAACUCUCAAAGCCGAUAUCACCCACCCCUCUACGAUUCCUCUUCUGUUGCGCGCACUAGACCCCGAAGCCUACGAAUCUUCUUCGACUGCUUCGGACUCCCAAUCAAAUGCCCCGACUGCUAUCAGACAACCUCACCCUGUUGAUCUCGUGAUCUCCGACGGCGCGCCAGAUGUAACAGGUCUUCAUGACCUGGACAUCUACAUUCAGUCUCAAUUGCUUUACGCAGCUCUCAACCUGGCCAUGGGUGUCCUUCGCCCUGGCGGUAAAUUUGUUGCCAAAAUUUUUCGUGCCCGAGAUGUCGAUCUUCUCUAUGCGCAAUUGCGAACUGUAUUCCAGCGCGUCAGUGUCUCCAAGCCUCGGAGUAGUCGUGCAAGCAGUUUGGAAGCUUUUAUUGUCUGCGAGGGAUUCAUUCCUCCUGCUACCAACGAAGGUCUUGCCGGAAUGGCCGCACUGAAGAACCCUCUCUUCGGUGGUGCUGCGACACCUAAGCCGGUAUCGGACGAUGGAAAUGUAGGUCUCGAGGUUCGAGACGAAGUGGACGAAGAUACCCGAACUCGGCCAGUUUUGGCAGAGCCAAAUACUCCCACCAAUACCUCAACACACUCUACAGAGUCUCGCCAUCUCCAAUAUGAAUCUAUAACAACAGAUCAGCCCUCGGGACAGAAGCUCACCAACAAGUUUGCUGCGGAGAAUCGCUGGAUUCCCUCAUUCAUUGCUUGUGGCGACCUCUCGGCCUGGGACUCGGAUGCAUCUUAUACGCUCCCGCCUGACUAUGUUAGUUUGGCUCCGGUCCAGCCACCCACUGCUCCACCGUACCGGAAGGCUUUGGAAUUGCGGAAAGCCCAAAGUGGCGCGUAUGGAAAGACGAAGAUUGGACCGCUGGGACGAGCAUGA